GAGUGUCAUUUCCGGCAUGUGUAAUUUGAUACUGAUUUGUACACAGAAUUUGCAAACUUUUGCAACUUUUGCCCAGUCAGGAGACCCAUUUUGGCUGUGGUUGUUGUACACAGUAUAUUGAUGAAGCACUGAAACAUCAACAAGAGCACCUUAAACAGUCGCUACAUGUGGCAGUACACUUUUCAAUAUUGAAUAUUAUUCAAAAUACAGUCAACUGUGGAUUAACUUUGAAUUUGAAGUAUAUGGAAUUAUUAGAAACUUGAAAAACAGAUGUUAGUGAUGGUGCCCCUAUUGUUACAGAUUAUUGUGUUUUCAUUAGUAUUUCAAGGUAAUGUUUUGCAGAGUAUACGUCAACCUCGAUGUGAACAAGGCAGUUGUUAUCCUGCAACUGGAGAUUUGUUAAUAGGUCGUGAGGACUCUCUAUCUUCCACAUCAACAUGUGGAUUAAACAGUCCAGAACGUUAUUGCAUAGUUAGUCAUUUAGAAGAAGAUGCUAAGUGUUUUGUGUGUGAUUCUAGAUAUGAAAGAGAGAGUCACAAUAUUACAAACAUUGUAUGGUCUUAUGGAAAUCGGUAUACUCGUUGGUGGCAAGCAGAAGCUGGAAAGCAACAAGUUUCUAUACAGCUUGAUUUAGAAGCAGAGUUUCAUUUUACCCAUUUGAUCAUGACAUUUAAAACAUUUAGACCAAAAGCAAUGUUAAUAGAAAGAUCAUAUGAUAGAGGAAACACUUGGAGAGUCUAUAGGUAUUUUGCUGAAGACUGUGUGGCAUCAUUUCCAGGAAUAAAAAGAUGGCCCCCAAAAACACUGGAAGAUGUGAUUUGUGAUGAUUCCUAUUCAGAUGUAGCCCCAUCUACAGAAGGAGAGGUAAUAUUCAGGGUACUCCCACCAUUCAUUCCAAUAGAAGAUCCAUACAACCCAAAAGUUCAAGACUUACUUAAACUAACCAAUUUGAGAGUUAAUUUUACAGAUUUGCACACUUUAGGUGACACUUUGGUUGACAAUAGACGAGAAAUAAAAGAAAAGUAUUACUAUGCAAUGUAUGAAAUGAUUGUCAGAGGAAGUUGUAGCUGUUAUGGUCAUGCAUCACAAUGUAUACCUGUUGAUAAGUACAAGGGGAAAGAAAAUCAAGGCAAUAUGGUGCAUGGUAAAUGUGUGUGUACACAUAAUACCCAAGGAGACAAUUGUGAACGCUGUCUUGAUUUUUACAGUGACCUUCCAUGGAAACCUGCACAACAGAAUAAACCAAAUGCCUGUCAGAAAUGCAACUGUAACAAUCAUGCAACAGAAUGUCAUUUUGACCCUGCAGUGUAUGUACUUUCUGGAGAGAUAAGUGGUGGUGUUUGUGAUGAUUGCCAACAUAACACAACAGGCAGGAAUUGCCAGGAAUGCAAAGAAUACUUUUUUCAAGAUCCCAAUAGAGACAUAAGAGACCCAGAGAUAUGUCAAGCUUGUGAUUGUGAUCCAGCAGGAUCUGAAAGAGAUGGACGAUGUGAUGAUCAUACAGACCCAUAUUUUGGUCUGGAGGCUGGAAGAUGUCGUUGUAAAGCUAAAGUAGAGGGGAAACGUUGUGAUACUUGUGUUGAUGGUUAUUGGAUGCUCAGUGAAGAUAAUCCUGAUGGUUGUCAAAUAUGUAAUUGUAAUCUGUUGGGAACUAUAGAUAAUAUGGGCUGUGAUAAACAGAAUGGUGCUUGUUUCUGUAAAAGAUUUGUUACAGGACAGAGAUGUGAUGAAUGUUAUCCUGGUUAUUGGGGAUUAAGUUCUGAUGUCAGUGGAUGUCGACCUUGUGAUUGUGAUGUAGGCGGUGCAACAUCUGAAGAGUGUGACUCCAUUAGUGGACAGUGCACUUGUAAACCAAACAUAAUUGGUAGGAAAUGUGACCAACCACGCUCUGAAUAUUUCUUUGGCAAAUUGGACUACUUCUUGUAUGAAGCAGAGGAAGCUUUGGGUAUUGGAAAUACACGACCAUAUAUAAGAGAGCCUAGACCAGGGCUUCAGAGUUGGACAGGCAAUGGAUUUAUGCAGAUAAUGGAAGGAGAUAUCAUUGAAUUCACUGUGAAUGAUAUUGUGUUCCCUAUGUAUUAUGAUAUUGUUAUUAGAUUUGACCCUAGGAUGCCAGAAAUGUGGGAAGACAUUAAAGUUGAUGUUAUUCGCUCACAGACAGUUGAUCAGACAGGACCAUGUGCAAAUCACAGACCUGCAGAUGACAAAAAAACUACAGUGUUACAACCUGGUAGUAGAUAUUCAGUAGUCAGUCCAGCAGCUUGUUUAGAGCCAGAGAGAGAAUAUAAGAUAAGAAUUAAAUUCAAUAGUUACAAGACUAACCAGGCUACACCUGAUGCUACUACACUGAUUGAUUCUAUUGUUUUGACUCCAAACAUUGAUAGCAUUCCAAUAUUUCAUGGUAUUGGUUAUCCAGAAUACAUGAAAAAUGAAUUUAUUCGUUACCGAUGCCGUGAAUCUCAAUUGUCAGUCUACCAGCCAGAACUCCAGGACUUCUGUAGACAGCUUACUUUCAGUAUUUCUUCCAUUAUUCAUCAGAAAGCUCUUGAGUGUCAGUGUGAUCCAAUGGGAUCUUUAAGUAGUGAAUGUGAAUAUGCUGGUGGUCAGUGUAGAUGUAAACCUAAUGUUGUUGGUCGCAGAUGUAACAAGUGUGCUCCUGGUACAUAUGAUUUUGGACCAGAUGGAUGCAAACCUUGCAACUGUCAUGAAUAUGGUGCUGUAGAUAAAUUCUGUGAUGCCAGGACUGGUCAGUGUAAUUGCAUCAGUUAUGUUGGGAACAAGAUAUGUGACCAGUGUCAGGCAGGAUAUUGGGGAUUCCCCCGCUGCCGACCAUGCCAAUGUAAUGGAAAUGCAGAUACUUGUGAUGAUUUAACUGGCAGAUGUGAUAAUUGUAAUGAUUACACUGCUGGUGACCAGUGUGAUAAGUGUUUGGAUGGGUACUAUGGUGAUCCCCGUAUAAAUUAUCGCAUACCAUGCAGACCUUGUUUGUGUCCUGGAGGACCAACUAGUGAUGUACAGCAUGCUGAUUCCUGCUAUGAAGAUCCAAGACUGCAGACAGUAGUCUGUAACUGUUAUCCAGGUUUCAAAGGACCAAACUGUGAUACAUGUACAGACAACUACUUUGGAAAUCCAAAGGAUGUGAAUGGUACAUGUGAACCAUGUAUCUGUAAUAAUAAUAUUGAUCCAAAUAUUGCUGGAAGUUGUGACACCUCAUCAGGUGAAUGUCUCAAGUGCUUGUUUAAUACUGAAGGAUUCAACUGUGAACAGUGUAGUCCUGGUUACUAUGGUGAUGCAUCAAGCCAGAAUUGUAAACAAUGUAUUUGUGAUCCAUAUGGAACAGAUCCAAAUGGUGGAGACUGUGAUAGAGUAACAGGACAAUGUCCUUGUCUACCAAAUGUCAUUGGACAAAAAUGUGAUUCCUGUGCUCCUGGUUUCUGGAAUAUAACAAGUCAAAUGGGUUGCUCUUCAUGUGGCUGUGAUUUGCCUGGAUCUACUGGAAUAGAAUGCAAUCAGUUUGAUGGUCAAUGUGAGUGUGUACAGGGAAGAGGAGGAAGAGAUUGUGCCUCUUGUGAAGAUAAUUACUGGGGAGAUCCUACUGUACAGUGUUAUCCUUGUGACUGUAACUACCAAGGCUCUGCUCAGACUCAGUGUGACAGAAGGUCAGGUCAAUGUGUAUGUCUGACAGGUAUCAGUGGUUACAAAUGUGAUCGUUGUGAUAGAGGCACCACAGGAGAACUCCCCAACUGUAAGCCCUGCGGAGAUUGUUUCAACAAUUGGGACAGAGUGAUCAGAGACUUGUCAGCCCAAACAACAGACUUGAUCAAACGAGCGGUAGACAUCAAAGCAACAGGUGUAGAAAGUGCCUUUAAUAAGGAAUUUCAGCAAAUGGAGGAAAAUUUGGAUGAAAUAAGACAGAUUGUCAGAAAUGCCAACAUUUCUUCAGAAGAUAUUAGAGAUUUAGAUAGUAUGUUAAAAUCUCUCAGGCAGCUUUUAUCAGAUGAGUUUAGAAGAUUGAAUAACACUGAAAAUCAGUUUAAUGCAAGAAUGGAUGAUAUAAGAAAAGGAAAUAAUGAUAUUUUAUCACUUAAACAAAGAGUGGAGGAAUUGAAGAAAAAGGCUGAUGAUUUGAGGAGAAAUGCAACAGACAUUCAGGCCAGAGAUGUAGAAGGUGCCUUCAACAUUACAAAGGAGGCACAGCAAAAGUCCAGAAUGGCACAGUCUAAAGUUGAUGGAACACAGGGAAUGCUGAAUGAGUCUAUGAAAACAAGAGCUGAAGUGGAGAAAAUGCUUGAGGAAAACCGUAAUGCAUUUAAUCAGAAAAUACAGGAAAAUGAAGCUGAACUGAAUGAGAUUGAUGACAAAGUAUCAAGUCUUGGUAGUAGAAUAGCUGAUCUUAAUGAAAUGGUUUGUGAUGGAAGAGGGGACCCUUGUGAUGAUGUCUGUGGAGGUGGUGGAUGUGGCAAGUGUGGAGGAAUCAGUUGUGAUGGAGGUGCUCUUACCAAAGCUGACAAUGCCAUAGAUCGGGCCAACCAAGCAAAACUGUUAUUAGACAUUAAAGAAGUAGAUGCCAAUACAAUGCUUACAGAGAUACAGCAAGCACAACAAGAAGCAGAAGAAGCUAAAGAUCAAGCACAGAUGGCUUACGAUGAGGCAAUGAAAGCUAAAAAUGAAACUGAAAAAGCUAAACUCAUGUUGCAGAAUGUGCUUUCUGAUGUACAAGAUUUCUUGGGAUUAGGUAGAGCAACGCCAGAUGAUGUGAAAGAGAUAACUGAAGAGGUACUUGGUAUGAGUAUAUCACUGACUCCAAACCAAAUCAUUGAGUUGGCACAGAAAAUAAAUGAAACCAUUCAGGGUUUACAAAAUAUUGAUUCCAUUCUUAAUGCCACACGAGAUGAUUUAGAUAAAGCACAGAAGCUUAAGGAGAGGGCAGAAAAUGCAAAAGGUGAUGCAAAUACUAUCCUAGGAAAAGCCCAGGAUGUUCUGAACAACUUGAAGGGAGCUACAUCUGCCCAGAAUUCAGCUACAAUUGCCAUUAAUAAGGCUGACAAUGACAUAACAGAUGCUGAAGCAGACCUAACACAGAUUGAAUCAGAGACAUCUGCUGCAAGUGAAAAGUCAGACAUGUCACUGAAAGCAAUAGAACUGUUGAAGAUAAGACUGGAAGCUUUAAGAAAAAAAUACAUUGAAAAUGACAUCAAAGUUAAACAAGCUGAAGAUGCUGCACAACGUGCUAGUGAGACUGCUUUAGUUGCGGAAACGAGAGCUAAUGAACUAGAAAUGGACUACAGUCCAACUGCAUCACAGCUAGAUUCUCGUUAUAACCUUACAAAGGCAGCCAGAGCUAAGGCACAAGAUCUAAAGGUUAGAGCUGACAGAUUGGCAGGGGAGACAACUAAUAAGUUAGACAAACUCAGAAAAAUGCAAGAAGAUUUCAACAAAAAUGAAAUGACUUUAAAUCAAUUAGCUGAUAACAUAGAUGAAUUAAACAGAAAUAUGACUAUUUAUCUGCAAGUCAUAACAAAGAAAUCCAGGGAGUAUUAUAAAUGUAAAACAUAGUUGCCAUACAUAUUUAGUGGUAAUAAAGUUUUAAAAGGGCUGUAACGAAUUGACAGAUCUGCAUAUUUGUUUUACAAAUAUGAUAACUUAUUGCAUGUACGGUUGUAUUUAAAGCUUUCCUGAUAUUAUAUAUAAAUGUAGUAGGUUAGAUAUACAUGUGAAUCAGAUUAUCUAUCCAGGUUGUAUUUCAUGGUUAUUAAUCUCAUGUAUAUUAGAUUCAUAUACUCAUUAUUAUACAAAUGUGCCAAUAUUUUUCUCAAACUGUGUUACAUGAUUAUAUUUCAGUAAAGAUAAUUGAACAAUUUUAUAAUAUGGUGCUGACAUUAUUGUUUUUGUUUUCAUUUUUCAGAGUUUGAGACUCUGAUAUUUUUGUGAUAAUAUUUGCUUUAAGUCUACAAAUCCCCAUAAAAAUUAAAACACAGUAUUCCUGGUCACAGUACAAACGUUAGAAAUACUGCUUUUGCUUACUUUUGAUAAAAAGGACUGAAAAGAGAUCCAAAAUGACUUGAAAUUAAAUUAGAUUUUGACCACAUUAUCCCUCUGAAAAUAAUAAUCUAUGAAAAUUCUGUCUCAGAAUUGUAAUGACAUUUUAGCAGAAUUAUCUUUGAUAAAUCUUAUACAAAAUUGAAUAAUUGUCAUACAGUUUCUAUAUAAAUGAUGUUAUUUUAAUGUCAAACUUAUGCACUCAGACUUAAAUUUUUUUUAAUUUUGUAAUCAGUUUGGAGCUUUUUCUCAAUAGUAACUGUGACCAGUAUGGUAUGGUCAUAAAGUGAGACUGGUGUUCCCAGAUUCUUACAUUUUUUCCGCUUUGUGCUUUUAUAGAAAACCUUUGUUUUGUAUUAACAAAUUUGACUCAUUAUUAAUGUAUAUAUUAUAAGGGAGCCCUAUUGGCUCAACUACCUGAACCAAAACUAUUGUUUUAAUUUUGUUCUUAAUUUUUAUGGACUUUCUGUUUUAUUUUGAAUUCCAUUUACAGUGCCAUUGUCAAUUAUUGAUAUAUUACUUGGCGUCCAUCAUCCAUUAACUUUAUUAAUUCUAUUAAAACAGGGCAAAAUUUACGCAAAACUUUGUAGGAUAAAUGUUAUGGAGAUAUUUCUUAGAUUAACAAAUUACUUAUGCCAUUACUGAACCAAACUUGGCUACAGUCAAAGAAAAUAUAAUUUCCAACUGCACAUUUUGCUGUUACACAACCUACUAAUAUCAAAUGUUGGAUGUUUUUAUUUUUUUGUAGUCCCCAUUAUUGAAUUAGUAUCAUAGUGAAUGUUAAAGGUUCUUUGGGACCUCUAGUUGUGAUUUUAUUGUAUUUCUUUAUAAAUAACCAUUUAAGUAAAUAUACAUGUAAAUAUGUUUAUGUAGAGAUGCUUUUAUAAAAUACAUAUGUAUUUACAUUUAUGUGGAUUUGUAAUAGUUUUAUGUGUUGUUUUUAUAUGUCUGUCUGAAUUUUAGAUUUUUGUUUGUAAAAGUUUCUGUCUUCAUGUGUACUUCAGUAAAAAAUUAUAAUUCAUAUCAAUCGAUCCUAACAAUAUAAUAUAGAAGAGUUUCACAUCAUUUUUUAAAAAUGCUGUAACAGUUUAUCUUGUUUCAAUAAUAUUAUUGCUGAUGCAGUUUAUUUUAAAGGUUGCAUUUUCAUUUAAGUAUACAAUAUUUUUGAUAUUUAUGCUACAAUGUAAUUUAUAAUCAUUUAUUGACCCACCAACAAGUCAAAACUAAGAAAUCCAGAUAAUUUUAACUUCACAUCUAAAUAACAUUCUUAUGUUCACUUUUGGCUAGAAAUACAAAUUUCCAGACUAGACCAAUUGUUGAAAAGAUUGCCAAUUGUGAUCGUUACCAUUUGGUAUCUGUCCUCUAUUAACAUAACCCUUGAACUUAUUGAAACCAAAAAUAGCAGGAAUGGUGCUUGCAAAUCCAAAAUAAGAAUUUGAAAUGGGUAAUUCUAAAUUUUGAUUUGGUAAAAAUUGAUACAAGCAAAAAUUCUGCAGAAUUAUAUAACCACUUCAUAAGAAACUGGUAGAAAUGCUCAUUUAGAGUUGUUACUAUGGUGAUGACCCGCUCAAGUGCAGAUGUUGAUAUUAAGCACAUUUUGAAACAAAUCUUGGUAGUACUGACUUAAAAAGAUAACGAGAAAAAAAACUGUGUCAAGUAUAAAUAUUGUUAUUUUGUCCUGUUCUGCUAUUAAAUUUUAAUCAAUUAUCUUUAAAAAAGCUCAAACUACUAUGCACAAAUAGUGUGUGAAUUUAACAAUCAGUCCAGUUAUCGAGAGCAAACAGAGUUUUGUCAUAGCAUUAGAUCCUUUCAUUUUUUUUAUUUUGCUGAUCUUGUUAUUGAAGGUUCUGAAAUUUAACUCAGUUGUUUCCACUCAAAAAAGGUGUACAACUCAUGUUGUGUCAUUUGUUUUUCCAUUGGUUAAGCUAAAUCCAGAAUCAGUUUUACUGUCAGAUUCUAACUGACAGUUUCAUAAUCAAAUUCAAAUUCACUUAUGGUUCUGGUUCUUCUUUUUUUUGUUACCUUCAAUUGAUUUAUAUAUUAAGGUUACACAUACUUUUAUUUUUGAACAGUGUGUAAAAUGAGCUUUAAUCAAAAUCUUCCCAAGAAAAAUUAUAAAUCUCCUUGACACUUGAUUCAUUUGAAGUUCUGUUUGUAGAUUAACAUGGUACUGCUUCAUGACAAUCAUGUGUGUUAUUUUCUGUGAUUUAGUAACAAUGCCUUCUACGAGAAUAAAAAAUGCUUAAAGAAUACAAAACUUAUUUCAGUCAAUACUUGACCAUUUUGUAGUAUAAAUAUAUUGCAUUGUCUUGGAUAUUUAAUGUUUUAUGUUCACAAUAGAUAUAUUUGACGACAUAUAAAUAUUUCUGAAACUUUGAAUUCACUGAUUGAUGUAUGAAAUUACGCUAGACUAAAGACAAAUAAAAUGAAUGUCAUAUGUGCCUUUGUAAUUUACUAUUGUCAAGGUUUGAUAAGCUUCAUUGUUUUUUUACUAUACCAUUUUAAAAUAGUAGUUAUAAAACCAAAGAUAAUUAUGCAAUUGUUUUAUCGACUUUGAUAUAUUUACAAGCAUAUUUUAUAUUAAGUGAUCAAAGUAAAUAGUGAGUUUUAUGUAAUUUUAUAGCAGUUUUUGAAGUAGAAAACAAAUCUUCCAUUUUAAGAAAUAAUAAACCCUAUGCAGUUUCCUA